GUGGUCUAUUGUCUAUACCCGCCCUUCAUGUUUGUUUGGGAGGAACAAAAAACAAUUGAAAACACCAUAGUAUUUAGUCUCGUCCAAAUUUCAGUCUGUUUUCCCAGUGACAUUAACAUACCUGCUAAUUUGGUACGUCUUCAUCGUUUCUUAAUUCUGGCUUAUGGGCUCAUAUUGAUGCCGUUUCAACUCGAGGAAUCUACAUGGCCUGGAGUUGCUGCUUCCCUGGACAGAGAUUUUUGGAAUCUAUUUUGAUGGGUAUCUCUCACAGAAAUGAAGAGUGGUGCAAUCUCCUUAUCUGAUGGCUCUUAUAAACUUGUAUCUCAGAGAUUGUAUUUGCAUUAUUUUAUACGUAUAUUCUCCAAGGAUAGAAAUUGGGGAGGGAAGCUUUGCUCUUCAUACUCAACUGGUACAAGACCAUUUCCGGAUUACUCAUCCAAAAAACCAACUGUCAGAGACUCUGAACUUGUGCAGUGUAUUUCUGGCACCAUAAAGCAACGGCGUUCUGAGACAUUAAGGCAUGUUCUUAGGCCCUUCGAGUCAAAAUGCAGGCCAGACCACCUCAUUUGGGUUUUGAUGAACAUUAAGAAUGAUUAUAAGCUGGUACUCGCCUUCUAUGAAUGGGCAUGUCUUCAUAGAGAACCAUCAUUGGAAGUUCGAAGUAUUGUCAUACAUAUUGCUGUUGCUUCAAAAGAUUUCAAGAUGGCUCAUAGUCUUAUAUACGAUUUUUGGGCUAAGACAAACCUCGAUAUUACCCAUUCUUUUUCUUGUUUUGUUGAAAGAUUGAUCUACACAUACAAGGAUUGGGGUUCAGAUCCUUUUGUAUUUGAUCUAUUCUUUGAGGUGCUUGUUCAAGUUGGACUUUUUUCUGAGGCAAGAAGCUUUUUUGAGAAGAUGUUCAAUUAUGGUAUGGUGAUCUCUGUUGACUCCUGUAACUUGCUUCUUUCUAGUCUUUCCAGCCAAUCAGACAAGAAAGGAGACACCUUCAAGGUAUUCAAUAAGUUCCUAGAAGCAGGGGUUUGUUGGGAAAGUAAUUCAUAUAACAUAAUACUACACAUUCUUUGUCAGUUAGGAAAAAUUAGAGAAGCACACCAUUUGCUAUUACAAAUGGAGUUGAGAGACUGUAUGCCUGAUGUUGCGAGUUAUAGUAUUGUUAUAAAUGGAUAUUGUCACGUUGGCGAACUAGAUAAGGUGUUGAAGAUGGUUAAUGAAAUGAGGAUAAAGACAUUGAAGCCAAAUGCAUUUACAUAUAACAGCAUUAUUCUUCUUAUGUGCAAGUCUGGUAAAGUAGCUGAUGCAGAAAGGGUCCUGAGGGAAAUAAUUGGCCUGAGAAUACCACUAGAUAAUGUAGUGUACACUACGAUUAUUGACGGUUUCUGUAAGUCUGGUAAUAUUUUUUCUGCUAUGAAGCUUUUUGAGGAAAUGCAUAGAGUUCAAAUAUUUCCUGAUGUUAUCACAUAUUCUGCUAUGAUAUGUGGACUUUGUCAAAGUGGAAACAUCCUAGAAGCAGACAAGCUUUUCCAUAAAAUGCUAGACAGAGGAUUAGCACCAGAUGAAAUUACAUAUACAACACUCAUAGAUGGUUAUUGCAAGGCAGGUAAGGUGAAAGAGGCCUUCUUUUGGCACAAUGAGAUGGUUGAGAAAGGGAUGGUCCCUAAUGUUGUCACCUAUACUGCCCUUGCUGAUGGCCUUUGUAAGCAAGGAGAGGUCGAUACAGCGAAUGAGCUUUUGCAUGAAAUGUCUUCCAAGGGUCUAGAACUUAAUUUGUGCACGUAUAAUGUACUUGUAAAUGGUCUCUGUAAAUCAGGGAAUAUAACGCAAGCAAUUAAACUGAUGGAGGACAUGGAGAUGACAGGAUUUUAUCCUGAUACCAUCACUUAUACUACUCUGAUGGAUGCUUACUGUAAGUCGGGAGAAAUCUCCAAGGCACAUGGGCUCCUGAAGACAAUGCUAGAUCAAGGACUGCAACCUACUGUUGUUACAUUUAAUGUUUUAAUGAAUGGGUUCUGCAUGUCAGGGAUGUUGGAAGAUGGUGAGAGGCUACUGAAAUGGAUGUUGGAGAAGGGCAUCAUGCCAAACACCACAACCUAUAAUUCUCUUAUGAAGCAAUAUUGCAUUAGAAGCAACAUGCGUCUCGCAACUGAAAUUUACAGGGAAAUGUGUGUUCAAAAUAUGGUGCCAGACAGAAAUACGUAUAACAUAUUAAUCAAGGGGCAUAGCAAAGCAAGGAAUAUGAAGGAAGCGUGGUAUUUGCACAAAGAAAUGGUUGCAAAAGGCUUUGAUCUCACUGGAAGUUCCUAUAACGCUUAUAUCAAGGGGCUUUUAAAAAAGAAGAAGUAUGGGGAAGCAAAAGAACUCUAUGAAGAGAUGCGGAAAAAAGGGUUCAUUGCUGAUCAAGAGAUACUCAACUUUUUUCUGGACAAGAAUUUCGAUGAAGGGAAUGUAGGAACUGCUCUUGAGCUUUGUGAUGAAGUGAUACAGAUUUUCCUUGUUGAUAAGGUCGAAGAAGAGAACAAUACUUGAUGAUCAUUUAGAUUUUCAUAGAUAUACAACCAGCUUGUGAUCACAUUCACCAGGAAUCAGAUCAUGCUACUUGGACCUUAUUGACUUGAAAACAAGAGUUCAUCAGAAUUUGGAUGAUGCUAUCGGGACUGUUAGUUUGAAGAUCAUGUUUAUAUACUAUGCUCUACAUUGCUUAACAGAAUUAUGCGUUGAUAGGGAUCUGGUGCACAAGAAGCAAUGUUGUGUUAUGAACAGUUUUCCUGGUACUGGAAGAUAAGCCAACUACUUUUUAUCUCAUGCCGAGUCACAGACAUGGUCUACCACUGUGAUUAGCUGCAUCUUAUUGGCGGUUGAAGUUCAGCCUUUGUGUGAAUCAUGUAAGAGAUGUUUCUAAUACUAUGAUGCACGCCGCCAUGCUGGUCAGUGGCAAUUGCAUUGCAAAAAUGGAGUAUGACCCCAGAUCAGAUAUCAGAUAGGCCAUUAUGCCAACGUCAGAAGUAGAAUGGAAUUUGCAGUUAUAUUAAUCAUCUAAGGUUUAAAGCAUGGGUCCAGUGAGGUGAUUUGGAUUGGUAAUUAUCAUUGUUAUACUAUAGAUCCCAACACCGGCCCCCUGAAGCUUAAUUUUGAAUAGGUGCAUAGUAAAGGUACAGUGUAUUAUUCCCAUAUUUUAGGGUGUUAGGAUGGUUGCUCAUAAAGCUUAGUUAUACGGUUUCACCAAUCAUAUUUCAUCUCUUACUUUGAAAUGUCUGAAAUUCUCAUAGCCAGUUUAUCAGAUACUAUCUAAUUUCAUUCAAAAAGAAAAUUUUGUAUUAACAAGUACAAUCAAUCAAUCAAACUUGAAUUAAAUGACAUUAGCAGAUAUCGCUCUUGUUCAAUAAAACCUGCUAUUUUCAAGCGUUUUUGGAUCAAAUUGGAGUAAUAUCCACCUCUUUUAUCAUGUGGGUAUCUGCUUUAUUUUCUGUUUCGUAUCAGAUAAUUUGGGAGCUUAACGUUGGACGAAUCAGGAUUAUCAGAAUUUAAGUUACUAGAGUAUUGUUCAGUGGAGCAUAUGAAUUUGUUCAACCAAAAGGUCUCCUUAUAUCAUGUUAUUUCUUAGAUCUCCCUUGCACUAGAAAGUUAAAUCAUGUCUGCCCUCUAGUCUGCGUUGAGUAAACCUGUUUAGUAUAUAUUUGGACAGUUUUAAAUCUGGUUCAGAAAUGCGAUAUUGAUCAAAGUUUUUUUUUUUCCUUUUUCAUCAGAAAGUGUUAUUAUGCUUUUAUUCAAGUUCUAUUUCAUGUAUGGAAUCUUGUGUUAGUAAAUGUAUCUUUUAUUACUGCUUUCAUGUUAUAACAGAAAUAGUUGUCAACUGACAUUGUACACUAACGCUAUUCCAAUUUCCGCUGUUUGAAUGGUGCAAAUGUUCUAUUUGAUGCUUGUUAUUGUGUUAACCGUUUCAGUUGUAGUGCACACUGCACAGCUUAGCAAUGAGCUACUAAACUUUGUGUUUGUCUUUUGGUUGACUUGAAAUUAUUUUACAGCUAUCAAAAUGUUGUUUUUAAUUUAUUCAAGUCAUAAAGAAGCAAAAGCAUGGUAACUAUAUCUAUGCCUAAUUAAAUAUGAAAGAAACACUGCUCACAAUGUUAAAUGCUGCAUUACUUGUCAAAUCUACAAGCACUUAAGAAUGAAGAAGGAAAGGAACAAAUAGAGCCAUUUUCUAAGUGAUGCAAUAGAUUGAGCUCCGCUUGAAGGGGAAGAUUGAGUUGGACUUGGACCUGUGGCAGGCCUCACAAUCUCCUUUGAGCAAGUGUAGUUGCAUCUACUUGGGCGAACCACUCUGUAAACGCCACUGCUGGCUAGAAUGAGGACAUCUUUCCUGUUGUCCUGCCCGAAUGAAUAUAUGUAUCCCAGAGCUGGUAGUGUAGUUCCUGGGGCAGAACCGCAUUCAAGUGGCGACUCUUGACCACAGCUGAACGGCAUUGCUGCGGUGCUGAAGUUUCCGCUAUUCCUGGGAUUCUCAGUAGCUGCCCAUAUGUUGCUUGCAUACAGAUCUCCGUACAGGUAUCUGAAACACCAUAUAUUGUAAACUCGUUAUGGAAAUAGCAGUUAUAUUUGAUUGUUAAGCGAUUGAUUUCUAAUUAUGUGCUUACUCACCUGCCAGACAUGCAUGGAUCAGUCUCAGAGCGAUAGAAAAAUCCGCCAGAUAUUGCUGCUGAUCCAGUUUUCUUGUUAAUUGCUGAAUGAGUAUAACCUGCUACUGGUAAGAUAAGAUUUUGGGUAGCUAAAGAGGAUGUAUUUGUGUCAUUUCCAGUACUAGAGGGAAUGAUGCCUUCAUAUAUAUUCCAGCCGUAGUUUCCACCUUUGGUGACUACAUCAAUCUCUUCAUAUUGAUCCUGCAAUUCGAGCAGUAUAGUGUUAGGCAAGUGGAGUGCUCAUAGAUGAAGUGCUAUAUGGGUUUAUCAUGCUGCAAUUUGAACCUGGCCAACGUCUCCACAGACAAAGUAAGAAGGCCUUUCUGCAUCGAAGCUACAACGCCAAGGAUUCCUGAACCCCAUAGCCCAGAUUUCUGGUGCCAAUUCCUUGUCUUCCGAAUAAGGAUUGUCUCGAGGUACAGAAUAAUUACCCCAGAGGCCAAGCCCAAUUUCUUUCUCACCUGCAUAGUAAUUAUGUGGUGUCAACCAGAAGACCUUGAUCUAGGAAAUUAUAAAUUUUACAUGCAGAAAUAAGCUAUACACCAUCCUUGGGUUUUUAACUGAUGAAGAUGCUUACUUGGAAUGGUAUCUACGUCAAGCCUCAAAAUCUUCCCUAGUAUGGAUUUCUUGUUCUGGGAAAAUUUAUAGGGAUCAUCUCUUCCUCCGCCAUCUCCCAUCAUGACAUACAGAUACCCGUCUUCAGGUCCAAAUAGUAUUUGGCCUCCGUGAUUGUUUGAAGAUGGCAAACCCAUUGUGAAGAUCCGUCUUACUUCUGUUGGUUGGCCACUUUGCAUCUGGAAUAGAGAGUGUAUCAUUAACGAGAAUAUAUUCAUGGCAGCAACUUACCAGUUCCAAAAUUUCGAGAUAAUUACCACUGACGGGUCUGAUGCAGUUCCAUUCGCCGUGUACUCUGCAAUAACGCUUUGAUAUUGGCAAGGUGUAGAGCUACCUGAACUGUUAAAUUUGGAUGGAUCACAAUCUACAUCAGAGUUACAUGCACACCUUCCAACACAUUCAGGUGACUUUAUCCUAUCACAGUUAUAGGAAGCAAAGAAUCGC